UGAAAGUGUCUAUGGUUUUAUAUUUGUGUCCGAUAGAAAUACGUCGAGAUACGCCGGCGAACAAUUUAUUUCAAUUAUCAUGAGUAAGCUCGCUGGACUCGUUGCGUUCUAUCGCUUUGUGUAGAGAAAUCUUUAAUCUUCAUAUUUCACGGAGUACAAUCAUUAUAUACAGUGUCGUGUAACGAAUAAUGGUUUGGGAUGAAACGUUAGUGACACCUCGUCUUGCAACCUUGGUUAUGGUUACAAGAAAAAGUGUAUUUUGAAAAUAUUUCCUAGUGUUUUCUCUGGUGAAAACAUCUGUGAAGUAUCAGUUGACUGUGCGGUGUUGGUUUGUUGUUCGGUGUUGAGUAAUCUGGUGCAAUGUCUGGUGGCAGAAGUAUCGACAAGGAGCGCAAGUCUCCUCGAGAAAGUGGAGAGGAUUCGGAGGACGAGAGCGAGAUUCUGGAGGAGAGCCCCUGCGGACGCUGGCUCAAACGUCGUGAAGAGGUAGAGCAGCGAGAUGUGCCGGGCAUCGACUGCGCGCACCUGGCCAUGGACACGGAGGAGGGCGUGGAGGUGGUGUGGAACGAGGUGCAGUUCUCGGAGCGCAAGAACUUCAAGGCGCAGGAGGACAAAAUCCAGAUGGUGUUCGACAACCUCACGCGGCUCGAGCACCCCAACAUCGUCAAGUUCCACCGGUAUUGGACGGACACGCAUAACGACAAACCUAGGGUCAUAUUCAUAACGGAAUACAUGUCCUGUGGGUCCCUGAAGCAGUUCCUGAAACGAACCAAACGAAACGUGAAGAGGCUCCCGCUGCAGGCUUGGAAACGGUGGUGUACACAGAUACUUUCAGCGCUCAGCUACCUCCACGGCUGCGUGCCGCCCAUCGUCCACGGCAACCUGACCUGCGACACGAUCUUCAUCCAGCACAACGGCCUCGUCAAGAUAGGCUCCGUGGCGCCCGAUGCCAUCCAUCAUCAUGUCAAGACCUGCCGCGAGAACAUGAGGAACAUGCACCUCAUCGCACCAGAAUAUGGAUCAUCGCAAAUGGUGACGCCCGCGAUGGAUAUCUACUCGUUCGGCAUGUGCGCGCUCGAGACCGCCGCUCUAGAGAUUCAGGGCAAUGGCGACUCCGGCAGCCACGUCACCGACGACCACAUCGCGCGCACCGUGGAGUCGCUGGAGGAGCCGCGGCAGAAGGACUUCAUAUACAGAUGCAUACACAAGGACCCGGCGAAGAGGCCCACCGCCAGAGAGCUGCUGUUCCACCCGUUGCUCUUCGAGGUGCACUCGCUCAAGUUGCUAGCGGCGCAUACGCUCGUCAAUACAAGUGCGAACAUCUCGGAGACCAUAACGGACGAGGUGUGCGGCGGCUCGUCGGGCGGCUGCCUGGCGUGGUGCUUGCGCGGCGGCGAGCGCCACGAGCUGUCCGGCAAGGACCUGCCGCACGCGGAGAAGCUGGAGAAGUUCGUCGAGGACGUCAAGUACGGCAUCUACCCGCUCACAGCGUACGGAGUGGCUCGGCGCGCCGCGUCGCCGGCGGAGCGCGCGCGGGCCUCAUCAGAGAGUGCCCCCGCCUCCCCCGAGCCCCGGGCGCGAGACCUGGAAACGCGGCGCGUCGUCAACAUGAUGUGCAGCCUCAAGCCCGCUCCCGCGCCGCCCGCGCCCCCCGCGCCGCCCAGGAUGGACCCCGACCACGCAGACCUGCUGAUGACAAUCCUCCUGCGCAUGGACGACAAGAUGAACCGCCAGCUCACGUGCGCCGUGUCGCGCCGAGACUCGGCCAACGCGCUCGCGCACGAACUGGUGCAGCUCGGCUUCAUACAUGAGGCGGACCGCGAAAAGAUUUGCCGUCUCAUGGAGGAAUCGCUACGCAGCAGUUUCGGGCAGCUGCCGCGCCCGCAGCACGUGGCCAGCUAGUAGCACACCGCACCACCCGCACCAUCCGCACCGACCGCACCGACCGACGCGUAAGAUUGCCCUCUCAUAGUCCCCUUUACCGAUUGUACUACCUGAAUUAUAUUGUUUCCUUUAUCUCAUACGAUUUUAUGGUUGAGAAACGUAAACCAAUGCUAAAAUUGUUUGUAAAUGACAAACAACCGAAAGCGAUUUCAGUAUUCGGCCAAUAAUAAUAAUCUUAAAAUCUUACAACUUAGUAGUUGUUAGUUUACGUUUUCUCAGCAAAAAAAAAAAAAAAUUACAUAUUUGUUUCUAAGUUUCCAAGCAAAUAGCCAUGAUCUUGUAAUUUCAUAAAUAUUUUUGUUCUAAUGUGCUCUAAAUUUUAAGUUUUACAAUUUGUAUAAAUAUAAUAAAUUAUUCUGUAUAUAUAUUUUUAAAUUGUAUAAAGUAUUAUCUUUAUUUUUUUCAUAACGAUUAUUAUAGAUUCGCAGUUUACUUUCAACAGGGUUGCAUGGACUGAAAAUAUGAAAUUAUUUAGGUAGUGUUUAACAAAUUUAUAAAAGAUUAAUUGACAUUUACGCAUUAUUUCCAUUUUUAUAUAAACUUUAUAAAAAAGUGGUAUAAGAUACUUCCCUGAAGGACACCCAAGUUAUACAGCACCCCUAGAACUAAACUAGUGAUUGUAAACUAAGGAUUGCGACUAUGGUAUUGAUUGCUAUCAAAGUUUAUUGCUAGGGCUCAUUUCCUAUUUCUACGUUUAUAAUUUCUUUAUUUUGUACAAAUAUUUUGAAACACAUCGGUCGGUCGAAAUAAAAACUUAAAGAUUUAUUCAAAUUAAUAAACUAAUUAGUGAAUCUUUUAGUCGGGCGUUAGCGCAGGCAUUUACAAUUAAUAUUCUAUCAAUUUACAAUCUCUAGAGCUAUAAGACCCGACGUUUUCAUGGCCUUUAGCAUUUCUGUGAAUUUUUCCCCGCUGGGCCACGGGUUUGUUGCACAAGCGGCGGUAUACAUACAAAGGUAUAGAGGAGGCUAUGGCUCUGUACAUUUCUUCUGGCUGCUUAAGCUACAAAAUCAUGGCCCAACGGUAAAAGCACUGCUUUUACAGAUCAAUCGAGAUCUUUAGUAGCCAUGUAGUAACGGGAACGAGAUUUUCAUGAAAAUUAAGAAUCUAUGAAAAUCUCAGUAAAAUUCGUGCCCGUGUAUUAUAGAUUAGAAUUAAAAACAUAAUUAUUAUAUUAAAAUGGUCUUAUGAAAGAGAUUUAGCAUCUAGGACAUGUAUUUUUGCAUACGAUUGAAAUUGUAUUCGAUUGAACGAUUGAGUAUAAUAAUCGACGAUGAAAAUCGAUUAAUGUUGAUAGUCGUUAGCUGUUAACGCGUCGUGGCUUGGCUUGUUAAGUUAAAACGUCGAUACCAAAAUUGGUGAUCGAUUUUAACAGGGUUUCAAGUCGCGAGUUUUUGACGGAGGUGUCAAAUUUGGAACGAGAAUGAUUUAGUGAAUGAAUGAAGAUCGAACGCUUCUAGCGGACUAUUUUAGUAAGUUCGGUUAGCUAAAAAGACUACGUGAAAGCAAUAGUUCAGUUCACUCGUUUCACCUCCGCGAGAACGGUCUACUAGUCGAAAGUGAAUCUAAUUCCGAGCAACCACGUUUAUUUUGUAAAACAUUCGAUACGCUUUUAACGAAAAGGGUUAUACUCAGUCCGAUAAACUGUUCUCUUUUUGACAUUUAUUCUUACUUAUCUUCCAUAAUGGUGCUUAUUCGGUUUUACAAAAUCUCUAAACUGAAUCUACGUACCUAAAGCUUUAAACGUAAUGUUGUCUAUUUCCUCAAAAGAACAUUCUGAAAAUUAUGGUUCUAAUUUCAGACUUAUCAAAUUAGUUUAGUUUAAAGGUAUUGUACGGGAGAAUUAGGAGCAAUAUUUAUCUUUCAAAAAAAGAAUUAGUGUACGCGCUCCAUCUAAUAUCUCGUUAGAUUACUUGAGUAUAUUUCGUAUAGUUAUAAAUUAAUUCCAAGUCUAAAUCAAUAUUAUCUUAAAUAAAAAAAAAUAACGAACUGCAACUACAAGAUAAAGCCUGACAACAUUUUUCUUAUUCUUGUAAAGUCAAUUUUUUUUAAUGAAUCUGUCAAAUAGAGAAUAGUAUGAUGAAUGGAGUAUAACGUAAUCAAUAUUAGGUAAUCUAUAUUAAAUUAAUGAUGCAAAAAGUACGGCUUUGGAAGAUCCAUAGUGGUUUGCUAGGACAUCGAGAAUGCUUUAGUAAUUUAGAGUUUGUAUGAAUGUGUAAAUGUAAACAAAUGAUAUUUAAAACAAAUAUUUAAUUAAAACUAUUACAUUAAUUAAUUAUUAUUAUUACAUGCGCGACAUCCACCGCGGACGGAGUUUAGAUAGGUUGGUAUAGCAUAGCUUCAUGCUUUCAUUUCUUUUCGAGCUUAUUAUGACAGGUUAACAUUGUUCCAGUACCAAUCCAGUCCAGUGCAGUAUUCUUACUGGAAAACAAUGUCCAUGUGAAUUUAGCAGUGCUGUCAGUGGCUGGUAUAAUAUCAACUGCACCAUUGCUUGGUCUAGUGCUUAACUUGGUCGACUGCAAUACUGAGGUCCUGGGUUCGAUUCUCGGUCAUGACAAA